AUGGACACAAGUCCGAAACAACGGCGCCAAAUAAAUCCUCGAUUUAAAGCCAAUAUAUUUUCCGUCUUAACUUUUGGAUGGACGUUAGAAACAUUCAUGUUGGGAUAUAGUCGAGACAUUAAAGAAUCUGAUUUGUACGCUCCUCUGCCUGAGCAUAGAUCUGAUAUUUUAGGCGAUACACUUCAAAAAGCAUGGAAACAGGAGGUAGACCGAUGUAGUCAAAGGGACGACAAUAGCAAACCUAGAUUAAUGGUAGUUUUAAUUAAGGUCUUUGGUGCUGAACUUAUGUUAUAUGGAUUGAUAUUAGCUGCGAUGGAAUUUAUUAUAAGAUUGCAGCAACCGUUGUUUCUCGGCCUAUUGUUGAGAUACUACAGUCCCGCACAAGACCUUUACAAUACAACAGCCGAUUCAGCGUAUUUGUCACGUCUGUACUCGUACUAUGAUAUGAGCAGUGGGGUGUCAUGGGGAGAAGCGGUAUUCUUUGCUUUCGGCGUUGUAUUCUGUAGUAUGAUGAACGUGAUGGUGCAGCAUCCCUUUAUGAUGGGUGUUAUGCACUUGGGUAUGAAAAUUCGAGUGGGAAUCUGCAGUCUCAUCUAUAGAAAGGCGCUAAAAGUGAGUCUUCAAGCAAUGUCAGAAACCCGGGGAGGUCUCGUUGUAAACCUUUUGGCGAACGAUGUUAAUAGAUUCGAUACUGGUCCCCUAUUCGUACAUUACCUUUGGAUCGGACCACUGGAGACGAUUUUUAUGACGAUUUAUCUUUAUCGGGAAAUGGGUAUAUCAGCUGUGUAUGGAGCCAUUGUCGUUUUUGCUGUGGUUCCUUUUCAAAUAUUUCUGGGUACUCGGACCGCAUUCUAUAGACGAAAUACUGCCAUGAAAUCCGAUGAGAGGGUGAGACUUAUGGAAGAAAUAGUUAUGGGUAUGGAGGUAAUAAAAAUGUACACUUGGGAACUUCCUUUUCGAAAAAUCAUAGACGCCGUAAGACGACGAGAAAUUUACUUCAUUAAAAUGACUUCAUACAUACGUGGUGUAAUCAUGUCUUUCAUAAUGUUCACGGCUCGGUUCAGUAUCUUUAUUACCGUCUUGCUCUACGUGACUUAUGUCAACAGAAUUACUGUGGAAAAUGUAUUUUUUCUUACGUGCUACUAUAAUAUCAUGAAACAAACGAUGACACUUUUCUUUCCGCAGGCUGUUGGGCAUGUUGCUGAAAUGAUGGUAGCUAUACAAAGGAUUAACGAUUAUCUUUUGAGCGAAGAGUGUCGCUUUCCACCAAAAAGUCAAGCAAACGAUGCAGCGCGGGUAGAGAGUAAGAAAACGAUCAAAAAACGUGUCACGAUAUCAAUUGAUCCUGUUAAACCAUUAAGAAAACGACCACAAAAGAAAACUGAACCAAGUACAUCAAAAUCAAAAGAAAAACUGAAAGGUAUAAAUACUCAUAAAGAAGAAAUUGUGAUCAAGUUCGAAGAAGCUAACAGUCGUUGGAUUAAAUCAUCUGACGUAGAUGAUGUCAUAAACCUUAAUUUGAGUAUGUAUUCUGGUUCACUGACAAUAAUAAUUGGAUCCGUUGGUGCGGGAAAAUCGACUUUGUUACACAUGAUACUAAACGAAUUACCUUGCUCUAGUGGUUUAGUGGAAGUAUCUGGGAGCGUAAGCUAUGCAAGUCAGAAUCCGUGGCUUUUCGUAGGAUCCGUUCGCCAAAAUAUCUUAUUUGGACAACCGUUUGUAAAAUCUCGUUACAUGGAAGUUUGUAAAGUGUGUGCAUUGGAAAGAGAUAUAUCAUUGUUCCCUCACGGUGACAAAACUAUUGUCGGUGAACGGGGAGUCUCACUAAGUGGUGGACAGAGAGCCAGGAUUAACUUAGCAAGAGCCAUUUAUAAAGAUGCUGAUAUUUACUUACUGGAUGACCCGCUGUCUGCCGUCGACACUCAAGUUGCUAGACAUAUUUUUGAAAAUUGUAUAAAAAGAUAUUUAGAAAGAAAAACUGUCGUGUUAGUGACCCAUCAAUUGCAAUUUAUUAAACAUGCUGAUCGUAUAGUAAUCAUGGACAAUGGUGGAGUUCUUGCAGAAGGAGAAUUUGAUGAUCUGAAUGAUCAAGAAUUGGAAAUUAUUCAAAUGAUGCAAGAUAAAGUUCGCGAAGUACGAGAAGACGAAAUGACUUCUUCUGAGCAAAGCACGGCUAGCUUUCUGAGUACUAAGCGUUCUCAUUGGUCUCAUUGGUCGUUCAUGUUUGAUUCUGCUGACCAGAAACCAGAAGUGGAAGAGCAGACCAUUGGUAGAGUACAUGGUUCAAUAUACAAAGAGUACUUUUUAGCGGAUGUCGCAUUUCCAUACUUCUUACUUGUUGCUUUUAUGUUUAUCUUGGCGCAAUUUUUCGCAAGUGCAAGCGAUUACUGGAUAAGUAAAUGGAGCAAUUCCGAAGAUCACUUAACGGGAGAUGCAACUAUGGAUAAUUUAUUAUGGUCGCAAUAUGGUCUAAGGCGUAAAGAUUUUGCAACAAUCUUUGGUAUAAUUACCAUAGCAACUGUUAUAGUUGCGCUAAUACGAGCUUUUUUAUUCUUUUCCCUGUGCAUGAAAUCUUCAAUUAAGCUACACGAUAAAAUGUUCGAAUGUAUUUCACUCUCUCCGAUGAGUUUCUUUCAUUCCAAUCCCUCAGGAAGAAUUUUGAAUCGUUUCAGUAAAGACAUGGGUGCCGUGGAUGAGCUUUUGCCCCAAGCUAUGCUUGAUUGUUUUCAAAUAUUACUAAACUUAGUUGGAGUAAUUUUCGUUAUACUGGUAACAGAGAUAACCCUCCUUAUACCGAUAGCUACUACGCUUAUAAUAUUUUACAUCUUUCGAUUGAUAUACGUACGUACAACGGGCGCAUUAAAAAGACUAGAAGGAAUAACCCGAAGUCCAGUCUUUAGCCACGUUAAUGCGACAGUUCUCGGUUUACCCACAAUUCGUUCAUUUGGAGCUGAGAUGCUACUGGCCCAAGAGUUUGAUCGCCAUCAAGACUUGCACAGUUCUGCCUGGUAUCUCUUUAUUACCUGCAGUCGCGCAUUCGGCUACUUUUUGGAUCUGAUUUGCCUGCUCUUUAUUAUCUGCGUCACAUUCAGUUGCUUAAUGAAAACCGAUAUAGAAGGAAGUAUCGUCGGCCUCAUUAUAACUCAAUCUAUAUCACUGACUGGAAUUUUUCAAUGGGGAAUGCGACAGUCUGCGGAAAUGGAAAACCAAAUGACAAGCGUAGAACGAGUUGUAGAAUACACCAGAUUACCUAAGGAAUCUACUUUGAUGGACAAAGUGCCGCCAGAAGGCUGGCCAAGUGAAGGUGCAAUUUACUUCAAUGAUCUCAGUCUGAAAUACAAUCCCCACGGACCGCCCGUAUUACACGGCCUGCAGUUUAACGUACUGCCUCAAGAAAAGAUAGGCAUCGUUGGAAGAACUGGGGCUGGCAAAUCCUCGAUAAUCCAAGCACUGUUUCGAUUAGCCUAUAUUGAAGGUAUAAUAACCAUAGAUGGAAUCGAUAUAUCGUCUAUUAAAUUAGAGUGUUUGAGGCAAAAAAUAUCUAUUAUACCACAGGAACCAGUAUUAUUUAGUGGAACUUUACGCAAAAAUCUGGAUCCUUUUAACGAAUAUUCAGACGAGGUAUUAAUAAGAGCUCUUUAUAAUGUGGAACUUAUACCAGAAGAUGAUGUCGAUGCUUUAUACAAGCAAGUAUCGGAUUGUGGUUCCAACUUCAGUGUGGGCGAACGGCAGCUAGUGUGCCUAGCGAGAGCUAUCGUGAACAACGAUAAGAUACUGUUACUUGAUGAAGCAACAGCCAAUGUGGAUGCACAAACUGACGCUCUCAUACAAACUGCUAUCAGAGAACAUUUCAAACUGUGUACUGUGCUCACUGUGGCACAUCGACUUAACACUGUAAUUGACUCGGACAAGAUUCUGGUGUUGGACGCAGGGCGUUUAGUGGAAUACGACCAUCCCCAUAUCCUUCUACAGAAUAGAAAGGGUUACUUUCGAAAGAUGGUCGCAGAGACUGGGCCAGCUAUGUCACAAAUUUUACAUAAAUUGGCGUCCGAGGUGAAUUAA